AAAUAGGAAGGAAGUGAUAGUCCUGUUAUAGCUGUGUUCAUUAGCGAGCUAGCAGGCGGCGGUGGUGUACUGGAGUAAUCUAUUUGCGGCUCACUCGAUACUGGUGUGAUGAGAGGAUAUCGAAAAGUCAGCUAUAGUGUGUUGUGAAGAGACAUUUUGAAUGAACGGAUAUGUUUUGGCUGUGCUUCCUGACACCAGAGAUUUGGGGUGCUUCCCUGGCUGUGAGGGUUCCUGAUGUUGGAGCUGGAACAUGACCGUGUAGCAGCAUGGAGGAAAGAACUCUUGAUUAAUGUGCCCAAAGAGACUGAUUUAAGUCAGACUGUCCGCAGUUUAGAUUUAUAAUUAUAGAUGCUUAAGAACUUGACCUGUACUGACUCUUCAGUUUUACAUAGCUGGCCAGAGAGAUAUUUUUGAUGCAAGACAGAAGCUUGUUUAGCUUUUAGCCAAGCCAAUUUGAAUGCUGGAAUAAUCUCAAAUCCCUUCUGGGGAUGGCUAAGUGAAUGCCCAAGUCUGAGCCAAGGAGAUUAAGAUCAUAUUAGACUUUUUUUAGUGAAGGAAAGAGGAACACCUGUUUGACUGAGCUGCCAAAUCUGGACCACUCUGCUUUCAUUGAUUUUGACAUUUCUUUUGUGCAUAAGACAGUGUCUGUCUCUUUCCUCCCUCCCUUCCACUGUAUGUGAAAAGAGUCAGUCAUUGCUAUCGUCUUUAGUGUAGAGCUGCAUUUAGCAUUUAUUUCCUUAUUCUGUGGUCUUGGAAGGGGUCUUGAAUAUAUUUAUCACAGUCAACAUUACCCUUUAAAAAAAAAAAGUCAAGCUAAAGAAAGAAGGGAUGUGACGAGCCAAGUUUUUCCCCGCGACUCAGCUGUCCUUUCUGAACUGCUUUGUGGAAACCUCCUUUCACUGUGAUAACUUUGUCUGCACGGCCCACUCAGAGAUAGACAGUCUCGAGAUUAUGAAGGAUUGAUCUUAGCCCUUUGAGUCAAAAGGAUUUCACAAGCAUACGUGUGUACUCACCGUGCAGCAACACUAGGCUCCCUGUUUGGGCUGUCACUGUUUGGGCCUUGUGCUGUUCUUUUUUCCCCUCUCAGUUCCUGUGGGAUUGAAUGAUUGAGGACGAGGGCUACAGCCUUAGCAGUGAUUCGUUUGAAUUUGACUUGGUGCUUGCCCAUUGUUGCUCACCACCAUCCUGACCUCUGCUCUUGAGACUGGAGCUCUAUGGAUAUGCAGAGGGGUAGACAUGAAGUCUUGUUGACAAAGCCUGACCUGCUGGGGCACGCUGCGCAUUAAAAGAUUUCAUCCAAGUUGUGCAUAGGUAAAGUUUUUAUCUUCACGUCUGCCCUUGCUGCAGCGAUAUUUGGCUAAAAGGACAGGAUGAAACUGAAAAAGCAGGUGACUGUGUGCGGCGGGGCCAUCUUCUGUGUGGCUGUCUUCUCACUUUAUCUGAUGUUGGAUCGUGUCCAGCAUGACCCAGCCAGGAGACAGAAUGGGGGAAAUUUCCCAAGGAGCCAGAUUUCGGUGUUGCAGAACCGCAUUGAGCAGCUGGAGCAGCUUCUAGAGGAGAACCACCAGAUCAUCAGCCACAUUAAAGACUCUGUGCUGGAGCUUACGGACACAGGCGCCAUCUCACCCAGUGGCCAACUUCCAUUUCGCAGUGCCAACGGUUCUUGGGUGCUGCCUUUCGACGGCAGGCCUACCUUCCUCACCAUAAAACCCCAAGACUGUCAGUUUGCACUGGGCCGCCAUGGCCAGAGCGACCUGCAGAUGCUGGAUGUGUACUCUCUGCUGAGCUUUGAUAAUGUGGAUGGAGGUGUGUGGAAGCAGGGCUUUGAUAUCACAUAUGAGCCCAGUGAGUGGGACAAUGAACCCCUGCAAGUGUUUGUAGUGCCCCACACUCACAAUGACCCAGGUUGGAUCAAAACCUUUGACAAAUAUUAUAAUGACCAGACACAACAUAUUUUGAACAACAUGGUGGUCAAGCUUGCAGAGGACCCACGCAGGAAAUUCAUCUGGUCUGAGAUAUCCUUCUUUGUUAAGUGGUGGGAGAGUGUAGGUGCUGACAAACAUGAGGCAAUCCGCAAAUUGAUCCUGGGAGGGCAGCUGGAGAUGGUGACAGGAGGAUGGGUAAUGACAGAUGAAGCCAACAGUCACUAUUUUGCCAUGAUCGACCAGCUAAUUGAAGGGCAUCAAUGGCUGGAAAAAAACUUGGGUGUGACUCCUCGCUCAGGGUGGGCUAUUGACCCUUUUGGCCACAGUGCCACCAUGCCUUACUUACUGAAGAAAGCCAACCUGACCAGCAUGCUAAUUCAGAGGGUCCACUACUCUGUUAAGAAGCAUUUUGCCUCCACACAGAACCUGGAGUUCAUGUGGAGACAGGCUUGGGAUCGUGAGUCAGGCACAGACCUCUUCUGCCACAUGAUGCCCUUCUACAGCUAUGAUGUGCCUCACACAUGUGGGCCUGACCCAAAGGUCUGCUGCCAGUUUGACUUUAAGAGGCUGCCAGGUAGCAGAAUCAACUGCCCCUGGAAGGUGCCUCCACGGGCCAUUUCUGAGGCUAAUGUGGCUGAGAGGGUUCAAGCCCUUUUGGACCAGUAUCGCAAGAAGUCUAAGCUUUUCCGUAGCAAAGUUCUGCUGGUACCAUUAGGAGAUGAUUUCCGCUAUGAUAAAGCCCAAGAGUGGGACCAACAAUAUAUCAACUACCAGAAACUUUUUGAUUACAUGAACUCUCACCCAGAAUUGCAUGUUAAGGCCCAGUUUGGCACACUAACGGACUACUUCAAUGCUGUAUAUAAGGCUAAUGGGGUGGGCCAGGGGAUGAGACCGCCUGGUUACCCUGUACUGAGUGGAGAUUUCUUUGCUUAUGCUGACCGAGAGGAUCAUUACUGGAGUGGCUACUACACCUCUAGACCAUUCUACAAAAACCUAGACCGUGUGCUUGAGUCCCACCUUAGAGGGGCAGAGAUUCUCUACAGUUUGGCUGUUGCACAUGCACGCCAUGCAGGGAUGGAAGGGCGCUACCCCACCUCGGACUACUCCCUUUUGACAGACGCCAGGCGCAACAUUGCUCUCUUCCAGCAUCAUGAUGCCAUCACUGGCACUGCCAAGGAGGCUGUUGUCAUUGACUACGGCACAAGGUUAUUGCGCUCACUUGUUGGCUUGAAAAGAGUGAUCAUUAAUGCAGCACACUUCCUCAUAAUGAAAAAUAAAGAUGUGUAUCGCUUCUACCAGACUGAGCCCUUCCUGGAAACGGAUGACAGGCGUGCCACACAGGACUCUUUACCCCAGCGCACUCUGAUUGAACUGGACUCUUCUCCCAGGUACCUGGUACUGUUUAACCCUGUGGAGCAGGAGCGUCUGUGUGUGGUCACUGUACUGGUUAACUCGGCACGGGUCAGAGUUCUCACUGAGGAUGGCCAGACCCUACCAGUGCAGCUCAGUGCACAGUGGAGCUCAGCUGUGCAGAUGGAUGGAGAAGUCUACCAGGCUUCCUUCAUGACACGCCUCCCUGCUCUGGGAUUGGCUGUGUUCCAUCUGUACGACUCGAUCGACUCCCCCAUGACUCUACGCUCUGAUACACUGCUGAGGGUUUCGGGGAGGAGUCAGACUGUGCAUGGUUUGGAUCCCCUUCCUGUGCGCUCUCAGGUGGCUGACUCGCAGCCUUUCUACAUACAGACCCAGUCUCUCACGCUGGGCUUCUCUGGCACCACAGGCCUGUUGGAGAGUAUCCGCCGUAAGGACGACCCUCAGGAGGUGAGGGUGCAAAUCCAAUUCCUCACCUAUGGAACUCGGGCUUCGAAGGACAAGAGCGGAGCAUACCUCUUCUUGCCAGAUGGCAUUGCCAUGCCGUACGUGCAGAUAGAGCCUCCAACUGUGCGUGUUGUGGAGGGUCCUCUCUUUUCUGAGGUGGUCGCAUACUACCAGCACUUCCAGCAAACGGUCUGCAUACACAACGUGCCAGGUAUAGAUGGUCUGUCUCUGGACAUCACCACCUUGGUGGACAUCAGGGACCAGAGUAAUAAAGAGCUGGCCAUGCGUUUGGUCACGGACAUCCAGAGUGAGGACACAUUCUACACAGACCUCAAUGGUUUCCAGAUCCAGCCACGCAGGUACUUCCAGAAAAUACCACUGCAGGCCAAUUUCUACCCCAUGCCCACCAUGGCCUACAUCCAGGACAGCCAGUACCGUCUGACUCUGCACACGGCCCAGGCCCUGGGAGUCAGCAGCCUCGCCAGUGGUCAGUUGGAGGUUAUUCUGGACCGUAGAUUGAUGCAGGAUGAUAACAGGGGUCUAGGACAAGGUCUGAAGGAUAACAAGAGGACAGCGAACCGAUUCCGGCUCCUGUUAGAGAGGAGAUCCAGCAGCAGCAGGGCUGUUGACAGUGGACCAGUCAGCUUCCCCUCUUUGCUGAGUCACCUGACCUCUGCCAUCUUGAACCAUGAGGUGCUGGCACUGCCAGUUGUUCCAAAGAAACGUGGCGUGCCCCCUCUCCGCACCUUUUCCCCACUGGCCACAGCACUGCCCUGUGACUUUCAUCUGCUGAACCUCAGGAGCAUCCAGAACCAGGACGCUAGCUCUCCCUCCCCACACACAGCUCUACUGCUGCAUCGGCUGGGUCUAGACUGUAGCCUCGAGCUCCAAAACCCUGGAUUCAACUGCACCACCACACAGGGAAAGCUGGCUGUGUCGGGGCUGUUCCGAGGUCUGGACCUGCAGUUGUUGCAGCCCAUGUCGCUGACGCUGAUGUUCUCAGAGCCUCCGCUCUCCAACAACUCUGUUAUCAGCCUGGAGCCCAUGGAGCUUUCUGCCUAUAAGCUCAAACUGCACUAGGCUUUGUGACACCAGUGCAGCCUGGACAUAGCAGAUAGUGCAGAGAGACAACACAUGCCCACAGUGUGUGUGUGUGUCUCUCUCUCUCUGUCCUUCUCUGUCCUCUCUCUCUCUCUCUCUCUCUCUCUCUCUCUCUCUCUCUCUCUCUCUCUCUCUCUCUCUCUGUGUGUAUGUGUGACUCUGGGAUGAGGAUCAUGAACACACUAUAUAUCAACAUGGAUGCUGAUGUUCCUCUAAAAUACUUUUAUAAAGGGAAAUUCCAGCACUAGUUACACUUCCUGUAGCUGUCACAGAACUGAGUGACUGGACAAUAUGAAGAUGUUUGAAUUUUUAUUUUUUUUUCUCCUUCUAAAUUUGCUUAAAUUCAAAUCAACAGAAUGACUAGUGAUUGUAUGCUUUUUAUUAGACAUGGAUGCUUGAUGAUCAUACUUUGGGACUCUUAUACAUUAUUUUUUGUCGUCCUUGCUGGAACCACUUACAUCUUUCUGUAUUCUUUUCCCCUUUUAUCAAUCUUGCUAUCUUGCGGAACUUCUCGGGAAAUGUAGCCUGUUGUACGUAAUUGGCUUUGGUUCUUCAUGAACUAGUGGGACCGAGUGCAAUAUGUGAAGCUUCUCUAGGCGUAGUGGGUUUUUUUUUUUUUUUUUUUUUUUUGGAUUGUCCAUACUGCAGAAGCUGUGCUUGAAACUUUGUCGCUGACCCCUGCUUUGUAACUUUUUGAUUGUGCUGCCUGCUCUAGCCGCAUGUUUCUGUGAAUGUCUGCUCGCUCGCUCUGGCAGCUUUACACAACAGCUUUCUGUCCCUCAUCAGCGGCCUGAUUUGAGUUCUCCCUCUUCCAAUCUUGUCAUGAGUGUUGCGAUUGGUGACACAAACAUCUGUUGUUUAAGAUUUUUCUGUUCCUGAAAAUGCUGCUCCCUCCAAAUUCCUUUGCUGUUAUGUACCAUUUAUUUCCCCCUGGGCUCAAAGUGUUGAUGUCUUCUAAGGAUGGUGUAAUGUACUAUAAAAUAUGCAGUAUGCAAUACCUCUUACAUUUUACAUAUGGACAUUGAGAUGUGCAAUAUAUUACUGUGGUGACUGAUAUGAUUGAUUGCGUGUGGCACAGUGGCUAGGUGGCACAGUGAGAUUAAGAGAUUAUGGCACUGUUUUCCAUCCUGCAUGUACGGGAGUGAGCCAAGGAUGUUCAUGCCUGAUUUUAGAUCAGUAUUUUAACUGAUCUAAGCAUAGCCUAAGGCCUUUAAUCUGUAUCGCUGUGUGUAUGGAGAUCAGUCAUUUAAGCAGUAAUAGCACUGUGCUGAGCAAAAGCCUGGGCACAUUAAUGUAUUGUAAAGUUCCAUUCUAGUGGUGUUUGUUCAUAGUGUCUUUCUUGUCCUAAUACGGUCAUCCACUUGACUCUGUAACGUUUUCUCAUUCAGUGCGAAUGUAUCACGACUGCCAAGAAGAAGGUGUCUGUAAAAGCCAUUUUAGUUCUUACUUAUCAUCUUGUCGUCACUACUGUGUUUCCUGAAAUGGCUCGUCCUCAUAGAGACUCGCACCUAUGAUUUACUGUGAGAAAUUAAUGCUCUGAAAGGAACGGUGCUGGUGGAGAAAGGCUAAUAGUACUCAUGAAACCUCUGAGCGUCAGUUGUCACUGUUUCCUUUAUAUAUAUAUAUAUAUAUAUAUAUAUAUAUAUAUAUAUAUAUAUAUAUAUAUAUAUAUAUAUAUAUAUAUAUAUAUAUAUAUAUAAAAAUAUAUAUAAAAAUAUAAAAACAAAAUAUAAAAACCAUAACAAACAUAUGGCUUCUGACCCGGUCAGCUAGUCUAAAAGAACAGAACUAAGGAGAGGCUGGUGAUAUUCUUGAACAGAAUUGUGUCAAUUCCUGGAGAGAAUUGGCUCUAUUCUAUAUUCUUAGAUCAACAUCCUGUUGAGAAAUUGACUAUAACAAAAGCCCAUUUAAAAAAAAAAAAACAACAAAAAAAACCCUAUAUAUAAUACAUUUCCCACAAAUAUUGCUGUCCUGGACCAGGGGUAUCAUCUUGGAGCUCAUUUGAAAUUGCAUUUCUAUUGAGGGUUUAUAUAUAAAAUUUUCAUUUACUACUCAUGUCACUGCCACGCUGCACCUCUAUACCUCCUCGUCUACUUGCCCUACACAGUAAGUUCUUACUUUUCGACAAUUGUGUCCAAUUACUUCUCAUUUAUGUUGUAUGAUGUGAACAAAAGAUGGGUUUUUUUUUUUGUCUUGUUUUGUUAAGAGAGAAAUAUUUUAUUUCUCCUUUUGUGUCCAAUCCUUCCUGGAAGGACGUUAAUGUGAAAUGAAGAAAUGCAAAAAAAGAAAAGAAAAUGCAAAGUAAUCAAAGUUGUUAUUUAAUAAACACCGGCCAUGGCAUUAUUAUGUAAUGUUA